GGUUCUUUCAUCCUUCUUUCUUCACCACAUGAAAGCUCCCUAGAAAUAGUAAUGUUAUUGCUUUGUUGAUCUGCAAGUCUCCGGGCAAGUCAAUGGGGCUCCAACACAGAAGUUUCCAUUCAGCUUCCUGAUGAAUAUUAUAUAUUCAUCUUUUCUGUUAUGAUCACCAAUAACAGUGAGAAAUAAUUGAUUGAUUUCGAGUGUUCAUCUUUAUUGGUUUCAUGUGUCCCAAUUUCCAAAGCUAAGAAUCUUAGUUUCCAGAAUUUCAAGAACCCAAAAUACUCUCUCUGUUUGAUUUUUCUGUAAUCAAUGGUUGGUGGAGGUGAUGUUUUUGGUGGGGCCGCUGGAGGAUUGCUGUUCAAUGUUCUCUAUGAUGUGCUUAAAGAGCUCAUCAGCAAGUCUAUGAUAUAUAGACCUCUCCUCCAAAACAUUCUAUCUGCGCUAGACUCAUAUGGACCACUGAUCAAGCAGAUAGAAGCAAGCAAUGAGGAACUGGGUCUUCCACAGGAGGAAGUAGCAAAUUUCAAAGCACAUAUGGAGAAUGGCAUAGAGAUAGUCCGGAAGUGCUCUAAGGUUCGCAAGUGGAACAUCUAUAAGAAGUACAAGUACGCCAACAAACUUCUUGGAUGGGAAAGUGCUCUUGUAAGACAGUUGAAUCUACUGAAGGCGCAAGGAGUAAGAGAUGGGAAGAAGACCUUGGUUUCGGUAAAGACAAUAGAGAGGGUGGUCACUGGGAUUGAAACGAGUAGUAUCUUUUUAGAGGCAGAGGUUGAGCAUAUUGCAGCAACCAGUAGGCAUAUGGAGAAGGCGCUCAGCGGAGUUGAAAUGAUAAGUGAAGAUAUAGUGGAGGGGAUGUACCGAAUUGAAGACCGAGUUGAAACAAGCAGUAGCAUUGUGGAGGCAGGGUUGAAGCGGAUUGAAGACCAACUUGAGACACGAAAUGGAGCUAAAGUUGGAGCUUGGGGUGUUGUGCCUGAACUUGCACAGUUUACGGUUGGAUUGGAUGAGCCUUUGAAGGAAUUGAAGAUGAAACUUCUCAAGGAGGAUGGAGUCUCGAUGCUAGUGGUCACUGCUCCCGGAGGAUGUGGGAAAACUACAUUGGCAACAAAGUUUUGUCAAGAUGAGCAAGUCAAAGAUAAAUUCAAGAAUAAUAUCUUCUUUGUCACUGUGUCAAACACACCAAACCUGAGCCUUAUUGUGCAAGAGCUAUACCAACGCAAGGGUUCCCAGGUGCCUACUUUCCAAAAUGAAAUAACCGCAGUCAAGUGGCUGCAAACAUUUCUGAAGGAAGAAGGACAAAACCCUUUACUAUUAGUCUUGGAUGAUGUUUGGUCCGGAUCAGAAUCCCUACUAGACAAGUUUCAGUUUGAGAUGCCAGAUUACAAGAUUUUGGUCACAUCAAGAUCUGAAUUUCCGAGAUUUGGUUCCUCAUAUCAUUUGCGAUCAUUGGAUUAUGACAAUGCCAUGAAACUUUUUCAUCAUUCAGCAUCUUUGGGAGAUAAAAGCUCACAUAUUCCAGAAUACCUCUCGAGUCGGAUAGUAAAGGGCUGUAAGGGAUUUCCACUUGCAAUUACGGUGGCAGGAGGAUCACUUUGCGGACAAAGAAUAGAGAUCUGGCAACAAAUACUAAUUGAAUGGUCCAAAGGGUCUUCUAUUCUUGAUUCUGAGACCACAUUGCUUCUUCGCCUCCAAAGCAGCUUAGUUGUCUCGGACUCGGAUAAAGAAAUGGCUAUCAUCAGAAAGUGUUUCUUAGACCUUGCUUCAUUUCCUGAAGACCAAAGAAUCCCAGUUACUGCCCUCAUUGAUAUGUGGACAGAGUCAUAUGAUCAGCUAGAUGAAGAUAUUUUGUGUGUUGCAUACCUCCAGAGGCUGACUAACCGAAGUCUGGCUAAUCUUGUAGUCACACGGAAGGACCAGAGCCUGGGGGAUGGAUACUACAGCGAACAUUUUGUUACCCAGCAUGAUCUGCUUAGAGAGUUGGCUAUCUAUGAGACAAAACAACUAGACCCAGGACAUAGAGAAAGACUGAUUAUAAACAUAUCUGGAGACAAUUUUCCCAAGUGGUGGAGUGAAAAGAAGCAUGAAUCCUUGAAAGCUCGCUUAUUAUCCAUCUCAACUGAUGGAAAUUUCUCAUCAAAAUGGCACCACAUGGAACUACCAUAUGCUGAGGUUCUAGUCUUGAAUUUUCAGACAAAGAACUACGCCUUACCCAAAUUUGUGGACACUGCGCGUAAAUUGAAGGUACUUGUUGUCACAAAUUAUGGUUUCUCGCCUGCUGAACUAAGUAAUAUCCCACUACUGGGUUCGUUAUCUCAUCUAAAGAGAAUUAGAUUGGAGCGUGUCUCAAUACCAUCAAUGUCCAAGAACCCCAUACAAUUGGUGGGUCUAAAAAAGAUAUCUCUAUUCAUGUGUACCAUUGGGAAAGCUUUCAGUGACGGUUCCAUCCAGAUUUCGUACGCAUUUCCAAGUCUAGAGGAAAUUAGCAUUGACUAUUGCAAUGACUUGGUGGAAAUGCCUGCCGACGUCUGUGAUCUUAGUCAUCUACGGAAUCUCAGUAUCACCAACUCACAUAAGCUUCUUGCCUUGCCUGAAGAAAUUGGAAAACUGGAAAAGUUGGAACUGCUGAGACUAAGGUCAUGUACAGACUUGGCACAGUUGCCAGGCUCGAGCAGGAACCUAAAGAAGUUGAUCUUUCUUGACAUUUCUUAUUGCUUUAGCAUCAAGGUGUUGCCUGGAGAUAUUGGUGAAAUGAGCAGCUUAAGAAAGCUCAACAUGAGAGAAUGCUCAAGAUUGCAAGAAGUGCCUGUGUCGGUUUUGGAUCUUGAGCAUUUGGAGGAAGUGAUAUGUGAUGAUGAGACAAGAAAUUUAUGGGAACCAUUCUUACCUCUUGGAAACACAAGAAUAGUGGUGGAAAAAGAAACUGUCAACCUAAAUUGGCUCCAUAAGCUUCAAUCUUGAGAGUCGUCUAUUCCUAAUCAAUUUCCGAGAUCUGUACAUUUGAUUCGUGUUUCAUGGUUUCCUUUCCUCUCACUUCCUUCUCCUUUUUGGAUUUGUUUUCCUGCUUUGUAAAUAGCAUGAGAUAUUGCAUAGUAAAAAAAAGUACAUGAUGUAUUAGGCAACUUUCUUUGAUACA